UUCACAGCCUGCGUUUGCUUUCGGAGAGAUGUGGUAACACAUCGUUACAGGGAACCAAGUUUGCGGCUGAGGGACGGAGCCUUGCUGUGUGGACCUCCCGCCGUCACAGCACCUGCUGCCAGGACUGCCUCAUACACCUUGCCCGGACCGCUCACUACUUGCUCGCCAUUGAGAGCGCUCCUCUGACAACUUCUCCCCCGGCUACAAGUUUCUGAGCCCGAGCUGGGAAUCUCCUCCCGGGCUGCUUUGUGGGCUCUGACAUUGGCUGGACGUCCCAGUACCUGCGUCCCCAGGUUAUUACCUAGAUCAGCCCGCGGGAGGGCAGUGUGCCAGCUGAGAGCCCGGCCAGGGAGGCGGCUGAUUCCGGGGCAGGAGCCACAAGUGCCCCCUUUCCCUCCCAUACUCACAGUCAGGCAGUCCGAGCAUCUCCUCCAGUAGGACUAUGGCAGCCGGUGCAGGGACCCUGCUGACAGUAUGCUUGCUGUGUGCGGCCACCCUGAGGACAGGUUUUGGUCUACAUACAUCAAAUGCAGUAUAUGGAGAAACAAUUGUUAUGCCCUGUGGUCAAACAAUAGUUGAUCGUCUCUUAUUUGGGAAAUGGAAAUAUGAAAAAGCAGAUGGAACUCCAGUAUUUGUAGCUGCCCGGUCAGCUGUAAAAAACAAGACAAGCUAUGAAGAUGUACCAGAAUACAACGGCCGUCUGAAUUUGUCUGAGAACUAUACAUUGUUCAUCUCGGAUGCAAAAAUCAGUGAUGAGAAGAGAUUUGUGUGCAUGCUCGUAACAGAAGAGAAUGUAUUUGAAGAACCAACAGUGGUUAAAGUUUUCAAGCCACCAUCCACACCUGUGAUUAUAAACCAACCAACAUUCAUGGAAACAGGAAAGCUAAACAAGGUUGGUGAAUGUGUUGCAAUGGAAAGCUAUCCAGGUGGCAACAUCACAUGGUAUAGAAAUGGAAAAAUCCUUGAACCUGUGGAUGAAGUCAUAUCCAUAGAGUACAUAAAAGCGAGAAAUUCAACUAGUGGUCUUCAUAACAUGCAGUCAUCACUACAAUAUAUGGCAACUAAAGAUGAUAUAGAUGCAGAGUUCUCCUGUAAAGUAACUUAUUAUAUGCCAAAUGGACAAAUGUCAUCUGAAUCUGACUUGGCUGUCUUCGAUAUUUACUACCCUACAGAGAAGGUGACAAUUCAAGUCCAUUCACCAAGGAAAACAAUAAAAGAAGGUGAUAAUAUCACUCUGAAAUGUAUUGGAAAUGGUAACCCACCUCCACAACAGUUUUUGUAUUACCCUCCAGGCCAAGUUGAAGGGAUAACUGGUUCAAGUACCUAUCCGAUAACAGACAUACAACGAAAUGCAUCAGGGGAUUAUAAAUGUUCUUUGUUAAAUAAAAAUAUGAUUGCAUCAACAACAGUAACCGUGCACUACUUGGAUUUGUUUUUGACCCCGAGUGGGGAGAUUACCAAAGAAAUUGGAGAUACUCUUUCUGUGACAUGUAGAGCAUCUGCUAGUAAAGAUGUUUCAGUCACUUGGAUGAAAGAUCAUAAAACACUCCUACGGCCAUCAUUUACAAACCUGCAGUAUCAUGAUUCAGGACUUUAUGAAUGUGAAACUGUCCUAUCUGAAGUUGACGGUCUAAGGCGAAAAGAGACUCUCAAUCUAAUUGUAGAAGGCAACCCACGACUCAAACUAUCAAAAAAAGUUAACUCUGAUGGGAAAAGAAAAACUAUCAUUUAUGAAGUGGAAGGUUUUCCAAGGCCUGAGGUCCAGUGUACCAGUAUGAGCAAUGGAUUAUUCCUAAACAAAACAGAUGAACGACCACUGGGAAAUGCAAAGUAUUCAGCUGAAAUUAUAAUCUCCCCAGAAGAGAAUGUCACUAUAGUCUGCACUGCUGAAAACAGACUUGGAAGAGAAAUCCGUUCUCUAAAUGUAUCAGCCAUCUACAUCCCAGACCGAGAUGAGCCUAAUGGUAAAAGUGAGGACAGUAACGACAAUGCAAAACUCAUUAUUGGAAUUGUUGUAGGCCUGCUCCUAGCUGCACUUGUAGCAGGAUUAGCUUACUGGAUAUACAUGAAGAAAUCAAGCUCAGCGUCAAAGCAUGUAGGAAAAGAACUAGGCAACACUGAAGAAAACAAAAAGCUGGAAGAAAACAACCACAAAUCAGAAGCUUAAGAAAGUGUACAGAUUGCAGAGUACUCAAGGGAAAUAAUAAUGACCAGUUUGAAGCAUGAAUGUGGACUGUAAUUAUGGAUUAUGCGAAGAAACUGCGACUAUUCAUGGUUCAAGUAUUACAAAAUUUGUACCAAGUUGUCACAGGAUUACAAGGAAAUUAUCCCUGCAAUGGAUCAACAAAAACUGUUCCUACAGCCAUGAUGAUAGCUUACCAUGUUGUGUUCUGUUAUUUUUUUAUGUAAAUGUCUGCACUGAAAAUUUGUUUUGUUUGCCUUUUAUGUAAAUUUUUUUACGUAGCUAUUUUUAUACACUGUAAGGCUUUGUUCUGGGAGUUGCUGUUAAUUGGAUGUAUAGCAUAAUGUUAUUAUUUUUAUUACACUAUUUGAUGCACAGGUACGUUUCACAUCUGUUUGCUAUCAGUGAAACUGCAGAAGGAAUUAAUUGCAAUGUAAAGGCUGGUUCACAAUCAUUCAAAGAACAGCUUCAAUUUAUCAACAUUAUUUCAAUAAUUAAGUUAGUUGAGAUCUGACUCCUUGGCGCAGAAUGGGUUAUAACAAUACUUAACAGCAUAGAGUUUGCCCACCCCCCACCCCGUUUUUUUUUUUUGUGUUUUUUUUUGUUUUUUUGUUUUUACAAAUGCAUCAAAAAGAAAUGUGCUUUCAUAUUUUAAGAAUUUUAAAAGGACUGGAAUUUAGUUGUAUUUGUUAUUCACAGCCUUACAGCUUGCUUUU